UUUGCCAGCACUGCAUAGACAUUUGCCUUUGUUAAAUAAUUAUUACUUAUGACUCCUUUAAUGGUUGUAGACCACAAUUUUAUGGUGUUGGAUCCUGUCCUGUUAGCACCAGAACUGUAUAACUGAAUUUAGAUGAAGGAAGAGUGCAUGUGCAUAAUACAAGAUAUCAGAAAUCCCUGGGCAGCUGUGUGCAGGAAUAAUCUUCUGAUUUCAGGACUGUCACAGAUGCCAUGGUCACAGCCGGUCCAAGUGCGGGGUGUACCAUGGGGCAGGUUGGGUAAGGAGCUGGGAAACUUCCCACCAGCAGCCUGCGGUUCCUGUUCCUCUAACCUGCGGUCCAUUUGCAAAACUACAGCGCACACUAUCAUCUUAUCACUGUACUUAUCACGAGGGCUGGAUGUCUGAGAAUGAGGUGUGUAACGUGCAAGGGAUCCUGAUGGAGGCUAAAGCAGCAAAAGAGAUGCCAGCUUUGUUCAGGAAGAACAACAUAUUUGAAUUUGUUUCUGAGCAUCAUCUGAACUUCCCAGGGGAGCUGCUCAGUAAAGUCAGUGGAGAGAAUAUAUCUAAAGAUGAAAAUGUGGUGGUGUACCCCACCAUCGACUUUCCUGAACCCAAGAUCUCCCUGGCCUCGCAGUGAGCCAUCGCAGAGCACAGUGCAGCCUUUUCCAUGUCCUCUGGCAUCUGCCGGCAGGUAAAGGGGAGCUCGGAGCGGGGCCACCCCCAUGUCCCUGCUGCCUGCUGCGCACCCCUGCGCUGGGGGGGUCAGCUAACGAUUGAUUAGUUAGCUUGGUUAGACACAAUCAGAUGUCAAGAAUAGCAACCAAUAUAACUUUUUAUUUAGAGGUGAUCUUUAGCAAAUGAAAAAGAAAUUCUAAUUAUCACAGAAAUCUUAAUUAUCAAGUGAAAUACCAGGGAAAUAAUUUUUUAGAAAUGUUUUGAAAGAUGUAGGCAACUGUGGUUAUUAUUGCUCCUUUUACCUUUUCAAAGCCAUGGCAAACAUUAUCUAUUACCACUAUUUUUAUCUUAGAAGCUAAUUUUGAAUAAACAUUAGGAUUCCACUCCA